GCAGGGCGGCGCGCGCCGGCGUCCCCGCGCUCCUCCCGCGCGCGGCCCCUGGAGUCCCGGAGGCGCGCGGCCAGCCCAGCUCCGGCCCGCUGCACACCAGGCAACCCGUCGCUCCAGCGAGCGCGGGCCCGGGCCGGAGUCGGGGCCGACGGCGGGGGCGUCGUCCCCAAGAGUCUUUCUGCGGCCCUUGAGCAGCGAGGGCGAAGUGAGGCUGACCGGGGCCGAAACCAUGAACCGGAGUUUUCACAAGUCUCAGACCCUGCGCUUCUACGACUGCAGCGCGGUGGAAGUCAAGAGCAAGUUUGGGGCCGAAUUCCGAAGGUUCUCCUUGAACCGCCACAAGCCCGGGAAGUUUGAAGAUUUCUACCAGCUGGUCGUGCACACCCACCACAUCUCUAACACUGAGGUGACCAUCGGCUAUGCAGACGUGCAUGGGGACCUGCUUCCCAUCAACAACGAUGACAACUUCUGCAAGGCAGUCUCCAGCGCCAACCCCCUGCUCAGGGUCUUCAUCCAGAAACGAGAAGAGGCAGACCACUACAGCUUCGGGGCUGGCACCCUAUCCAGGAAGAAGAAGGUGCUGGUGACGCUGAGGGACGAGGGCCCGCGCCGGCGUGCCCACCUCGACAUUGGCCUGCCCCACGACUUCCGCCCUGUGUCCUCCAUCAUCGACGUGGACAUCCUCCCCGAGACGCACCGCCGGGUGAGGCUCUACAGGCACGGCUGCGAGAAGCCUCUGGGUUUCUACAUCCGCGACGGCACCAGUGUGCGGGUCACCCCCCACGGGCUCGAGAAGGUUCCAGGCAUCUUCAUUUCCCGCAUGGUCCCUGGGGGCCUCGCAGAGAGCACCGGGCUACUGGCAGUGAAUGACGAAGUCCUGGAGGUGAACGGGAUCGAGGUGGCAGGGAAGACACUGGACCAGGUCACGGACAUGAUGAUCGCCAACAGCCACAACCUCAUCGUCACCGUCAAGCCUGCCAACCAGAGGAACAACGUGGUUCGCAGCAGCCGCACGUCCGGGAGCUCCGGCCAGUCCACGGACAGCACCACCAGCCACCACAGCUCGCCAGCCACCCACGUCCUGCAGAACUUCCACCCUGAUGAGAUGGAGAGUGACGAGGAGGCCGACAUCGUCAUCGAGGGCACUUUGGAGCCUCAGAAUGUCCCCAAGAUGCAGGGCACAGCUUCGGGCAGCCUCUCCCGGGCCAACGGCAGCAACCUCACACUCAGGCUGCAGCGGGACCUGGCGCUGCACGGGGCCGGGCGGGAGAGCAACGGCAGCAUCCACAGACUUCUCUGCUCCCUGAAGGCAGACCCCCGCCACAGUCUGGUCCUGCCACAGGGCGGGGUGGAAGAGCACGGGCCGGCCAUUACUCUCUAGGUCCAGGCUGCGAGGCAAGGCCGCGUGAGCUUGCUGCCUGCCCCACGCAGGGGCUGCGGGAGCUGUGGCCCCGGGAGGCACUGUGAUUUCAGACAGAGAACUCCCAGCAGGAAAUAUGCUGAUGAUGUGCCACCCAGAACGAGGACCGUCCAUGUGACAUGGUCCCUUCCUCCUUGGUCACCAGCACAGCCUCUUCUCCGUGUCGACUCUGCACGACAUCUAUUGAAUUUUGUCCAGAACUUAAUGGGCAUGUGCCCACCCCAGGCCAGGCCCCAGGCAGGUUCCAGUGCCUCUGAAAGUGAAAGAUAUGAGUGCAGAAAUACUUAGUUUUUAAACUUUAAAAAUACUUCAUUUUUUAAAUUAAGCUUUAAAAUAACUUCUUCAAAUAGUGAAUUUCACAUUUCUAACUCAGCUCAUGCUGCGCGAGGUUUCCGCUGACCUGCACGAGACCACUAUAAGAGGACAGAGACCGCAUGCCUUGCCAGCCCAGCCGCAGUGUUCGGGCCAGUCCAGAAGCCUGCGGGCACGUGGGAGCCCUGCAGCUGUGGGUUUUGGCAUGGCCGUCUCAGAAAACAGGACUGGGGUGGUGCCGAGACAGCCAGGUGCGACUGAAAGCCCCCUGCGCCCAACUCAUCCUGGGGUGGUUUUGGGUGUUUCCUGAAGAGGUGGCGCACAGCAAGCCCCAGGCACCAGAGGUGGGGUUAUCUGCCUGGCAGUAGCCAUUUCUCCCUGUCGGUUGGAGAACACCUGCUGACCUCCGUUCCUACCAUGGUGGUCAGCAGCAGGGGUUCUCUUGCUUUUGACCACCAGCAAGUCACAUGAACAUGAUGGUUUUGACAAAUAUUAAAUUCAUUGUCACUUUGAACUUUUAGAGGUUUAUUCAUGUUUGAUUCAAUUAAAUUUUAUUUGAAGUGUGUUUUCUGCUUGAAUCCAGUGUCAGGGAGAAAAUAUUACAUUUUUGCUUUGAGAACAAACUUUGGCCAAAUAAGUCUCGUGCAAACACAGGAAGAGUAUUUUCCAGGUUUUCUAGGCGUGAACUUCACUGCUGCUCUCCACGUGGUCCAGCACCACCUGCUGGUCAGUGGCAGGCCAGUCCUGAUCCCUGAAGGUCAGAAAGAUUUAAUGCAGCCCGCUGCCUUUGUCCCGAAUUUGUUAAGUGAAAAGAAACUUAUUUUCCUUUUGGAAAUUAUUUUUUGGGCAGAGUAACCUCUACUGAGUAGCUUCCUGCCUGUGUCUGAAUUUCUUAUUUUGUGCAAGGGGCCGCAACAUACCUUCUGAGUACAGGACGGUGCAAGGCACCCGUGGGGGGGCCCCAAGACACUCAGAGCUGCAGCAGGGGAGGUGCUGACCAGGGAGGCAUGCCAUGGAGCUGAGGGAAUGCCCAGGAGGGUCACCAGGACGUGCGUUUUCUCCGGGUCUCUGCUGGUAUUAGUGUCUGUGGAAUAAAUGUGUCCACUACCAAGAAGGGAAGCUGUAUUUCUUACCAGGUGUUAAGUUGUUACACACAUGAGAAUUUGUGUUUUGAAAAGAACAAGGCUUACUCAGCUUCGUGCCUGUGGCUGGUAACUGCAGGCACCGCAGGCUGCUGGGAAGAGCUGUGCAAGUGUAUUUUUCUACCCAAGUCUAUACUUCUGCAAUUUUCUUCUUUAAAAAAAGAAAAGCAACAAAACUUUGUCAUUAUAUAUUAAAGUUGUUUUGGUUUUAUAUAUCAGAGAAUAAAUUUUUUUGCCUUUGA